CACGGAAACAGCACUGGCCGUGGGAAGCCCUCCCUGGAUCUCAGCCGCCCGGCGCAUACAUCCAGGCGCACACUCACAGACGCCAGGUGCCGCGAGCUCCGUCUCCGCCUCUCUCUCCGACUUCGCCUCUCGCGAGUUCCUCCGGCCGCCAGCUCCUCUCUGCGGUCUCCCCGCACGACGGAAGCGGAGAGACGGCGACGCCGAGAGAGCCAGAGCCAGAGAGAGAGAGGCACAGAGGCACAGAGGCAAAGUGACAUAUCUCGCCAUGAGCAAAGAAGUGCAGCCUCCCGGGCCCCUGGCCGCGUACAACAGCCUCGAGGACAAACACCUGGCCGCCUACUUCAGCAGCUCCCGCAUGAGACGUCACCUGCGCAUGGUCGGACUGAUCAAGCGCAGCGGGGAGCUGGUGUCGGAGAGGGCCUACAAGUUGCAGGUGGCGCGCAAGGAGCACCAGGAGCGCGUGAGGGAGGUGCUGGCUCAGGCCAUCCUGGACAAGGCCCUGCACAUGGAGCAUUACAGGCAGGCGGCCAUCCGACGGAAGCUGGAGGAGAUUUCCAAGCUGAAGAGGAUUCGGAGGAUACAGGUGGGGUGUGUCGAGUACAGCCGCGGGGCGGUGCCUCCGUCGUGGACGGCUCGCGGGCAGCAGGCGGAGAGAGACGCCCUGCAAAUCCUCCAGCCGCACCCUCCGCCUGAGCGCAGGACGGGGCCUCGGAGCGGAGGGACGAGCAACGGCGCUUCUCCAGACUCGCCAGCGGCCACCAGCUCCGCAGAGGCCGAGGAGUCGAGCCGUCCUCUGACGGCGCCCGAACGGAGCUCACGGCCCCAGCGACAGCAGCCGCUUCGCACCGCGGUCAGCCUGCCCUGUCCCACGCGACUCAACCAGCUGGAACGAGAGAUGCUGCAGAAGCUCACGGGCCGGACCACCUUUCUGGUGGAGCCUCACCCGCCACCGUCGCCCUACGUCCUUCCCCUCAUCUACAACCGCGUCGCCGCCACCGGCUCCAACCACCACCACCACCAGCAGCAGCUCAACUCCCGGAGCAACGAGGCGCUCAGGAGUCGAACGUCCGCGCAACCCCUCGGGACGAGACGCGGCAGGGUGCUCCGGAUUUCGGCCUCCCAGGGCCACGCAAGCCCCCCGGCGGUGGGCGACGGCAAGGUAGCGGCCGAUGGGUCGCUUCUGGUUGGCUCUGGCUCCCAGCCGCGGUUGCGGACGCUGGUCCCUCGCCCGCCCCAGCCCCGCGGCGGCGCGGCCACCGCCGCCGCCGCAGAGGUCUCCAUGCUCUACCUGGGCAAGCGCGGGCGCCCGUCGCGAGACCAGGUGCUCGGCGACGAGGUGCGGGUGAUGCAGCAGCACUGCGGCGGGGAGAGCCUCUGCGUGUUCCACGGUCGCCUUAGGAGAGGAGAGGCGUUUCGGUUCCGGUCGCGUCGGCUCGGCGGGUUCCCCUUCAGCCUGUCGCUCUACGUAGACAGCCUGCUGGUCGGCCGACUCAGCUGGUGCUGCGAGUUCCGCCACUGGCAGGGCGGCCGACUCAGCGGGCGCCUGUCGCACUUCAGCCUCACGGGCGUGCAGGGCGCCGCACCCUGCUACCGGUGCAUCAUCGCUCAGGGGCUGGACAUCCAGCCCUUCCCGCCGGCCAAGCGCAAGGGGGGCGAUCGCGAGCAAGCGGCGCGCACGGAGCCCCCGCGGAGGGAGAGCGUCGAGCAGCCGCAGCAGCAGCACUCGUCGACGGAGGAGAGCGACGAGGAGGAGGAAGACGAGGACGUUGACGUCGACGAUGAUGAUGGCGACGGUGACAGAGACGAAGCCACGGCAAGCAGUGGAAAAACAGCACCGAAUGAAUACAUGGAGGAUUUUGAAGAGGAGGAGGAGGAGCUCGAAGAGGAGAUGGAGGAGCGGCAGCAGAAGGUGAAGGAGGAGGACACGGGCGAGGUGGUGGAGAAAUGCCCGGGAUCCGGCGGCGAAGGCGGCGUUGUCGAGACGGACGACGAGCCGCGAGGUUUCGACGACGGUGCCGGAGAAGUUACCGAGGAAUCCGAUUGCGGCUCCGACGUGGAGGGGGGCUCCGCGACUGUGGGCAGUGCCAAUCGCGAGACGAACGUGAGGAGCUCUCCGGCGCACAGCAGUGAAAAUGUCGGAGAGGAUGAGGAGGAAGCAGAUGAGAAGAGGAACAAUGAGGAGGAGUCGGAUGAGGAGAAGCAAGGAGAGAUACCGGACGACGACUGGGACAGAGAGACACCAUCACCGCUGUGCAGCUACAUGGAAGAGGAGGAGCGAGACGAUGAAGGCGACGUCACGACCCGGGGGGGGAGCUCCCACUCCGCUCGUUCCGAAGAAAACGUCGGCAGGGAGGGGCGAGGGACCGUCGCUUCCGAUGAAGAAUCGGGACACGGCAGCGACGCGACGGAGGUUGACGCGGCGGCGGGACAGGAUGAAGAGGAGGAAUGGGACGAAGCAAUAGGCGAUGGUGACGGGAGCAUCCCUGCAGCGGCGGCGGUGGUAGUUGGAGACGAUGCGAGCAGCGGAGCCCUCACAAGCGUGGCUCGCCGCAUCUCGGCGGCGCUGAGCCACACCGAGCGGCGGGCCGCCUCCGAGCCGGAGCUGAGCAGCGACUCUUCGAACUCCGAGGAUGAGGAUUCGGCGGUGACGCCGGUGGCGGCCAUACUGGACAGCGGUGGCAGUCAUAACGAUGCGAUUGGACCAGACGGAAAGACCGACGCUGAAGCCGAUGACAAUGUCGAGGAAAGUGGGGACCACGAAGCGGCAGUGAAAAAUUCGGACGCCGAAGACAUUGCCUCUGAAUGGGAAGCGGAAACGUCCACUCGCGGUCGGGAGGUAGCCACUGUUGCCACUGAAGACGACUCUCCAGCGACCAAAGGAAUGAACGAUGUGACCAACGAAGGUGAAGUGUCUCAGCGGACACCAGGAGAUGAGCGAGAAGCUCCAGCGGAGACAUCAGAUGUCAUGGAUGUAGGAGGAUUAGGAGUCACAGACGCAGAUCUAAAGGACACAAAGGCCCAGGAUGGAGCUCCGGCAGAGGCUGAGGACAGAGCUCCUUCACAGGAAGCACAGGUUCAAGAUGGAGGUCCAGAGGGAAAAGCAGAGGUCGAAAAUAAUUUAUUAGAGGAAGCAGAGGCCCAGGAUGGAGCUGUAGUAGAAGAAGCAGAGGCCCAGGAUGGAGCUGUAGCAGAAGAAGCAGAGGCCCAGGAUGGAGCUGCAGUGGAGAAAGCAGAGGCCCAGGAUAGAGCUGCAGAAGAAGCAGAGGCACAGGAUGGAGCUCCAGUCGAGGAAGCAGAGGCCCAGGAUAGAGCUGCAGAAGAAGAAGCAGAGGUCCAGGAUGGAGCUGCAGUAGAGGAAGCAGAGGCCCAGGAUGGAGCUGCAGUAGAAGAAGCAAAGACACAGGAUGGAGCCCCAGUCGAGGAAGCAGAGGCCCAGGAUGGAGCUGCAGUAGAGCAAGCAGUGGCCCAGGAUGGAGCUGCAGUAGAAGAAGCAGAGGUCCAGGAUGGAGCUGUAGUAGAAGAAGCAGAGCGACAGGAUGGAGCUCCAGUCGAGGAAGCAGAGGCCCAGGAUGGAGCUGCAGUAGAGGAAGCAGAGGCCCACGAUGGAGCUGCAGUAGAAGAAGCAGAGGCCCAGGAUGGAGAUGCAGUAGAAGAAGCAGAUGCCCAAGGUGGAGCUCCAAUAGAAGAAGCUGAGGCACAGGAUGGAGCUCUAGGAGAGGAAGCAGAUACACAGGAUGGAGCUCCAACUGAGGCAUCAGAGGCCCAGAGUGGACCUCCAACAGAGGAAACUGAGACCCAUGACAAAGCACGAGUAGAGGAAGCAAAGGCCAAGCAUGGGGUUCCAACUGAUACAUUCGAGGUCCAGGAUGGAGCUCCAACAGAAGAAGCAGAGGCUCAGAGUGGAGCUCCAUCAGCGGAAGCAGAGGACAAGGAUAGGGCUUCAUCAAAAAAAGCAGAGGCCCAGGACAGAGCUUCAUCAGAGGAAGCAGAGGCACAAGAUGGAGCUCCAGUUGAAGAAGCAGAGGUCCGGGAUGGAGCUCCAUCAGAUGAAAUAAAGUCUCAGAGUGGAGUUGAAACAGAGGAAACAGAGGUCCAGUGUGAAGCUCCAUCAGCGGAAGUGGAGGCCCAGGAUGAAACUUCAGCAGAGAAACAUGAAAAUACUAUUUCAGACAAAGCAAUGGAUGGUGAUAUUAAGCAUCAAGCUCAUGGUGUCCAGUGGCCAGGAGAAGAAGCCCCGCAGGCAGACAAUGGGUUUCAAGAUAAAGAUCCUAUUGAGGCAGUGGCAAAUAUUGAAAAUGGAGUGACCAGCAAGGCGCAUGCUGAAGAUUUGGUGGCAGCACAAGAAGACGAGAACAAAGUCGAAGGUGAAGCUGCAGGGUGUGCGACAGACACUCUUUUUCAACAACAGCAAGAAGGACUCAAUAGUGUCCAGGACAGCGUUGAUGAGCAUGUGGAGGCCUUGGAAUUGGCCGAUGAAAUAAAUAAGGAUGAGUCUCCAGCAGAGGUAGGGCUAGACACCCAUGAUGAGUCUCCAUGUAACGGACCAGGUGACCACGAAGGAACUGCGGAACAAGAACAGAGGGAAGAUCGGAAUCCUGAGACCGAGCCUAAUAGCGAGGAGUUGGAGAGAGAUGAAAAGAAGCCACCCAAGUUGUGGAAAAAGUUGAGCCAGCGAGUGCUGAGUUUCAACGAACAUCAAAACGGAGAAGCGGCGAUGGAUGAACGAGGAGAUCAGAAACCUGACCCUGACAAACAGGCCAAGGUCCAGGGUGAUGUCGACACAAAGGAAAUCGAAGCUGCUGCAGAGAAGGUCGAAUCAGCGCAAGAUAAAACACCGGCGGACAAAUCCGGGGAUGUUUUGAGAGGAAUCGUCAGGAACGAGGCAGCGGAAGAGAACACCGAGCCUGGUGAUGCACAUCCGGACGAUGGAGACCACGCCAGAGCAGACGAAGAAUCGGAUGGAUGCGUGGUUAAGUCUGAGGUGUCGCAGCAAGCGGCUGAGGCUCAGCAAAAUGAUCUGGGGGAUGCGGUUGAACCUGGUGACACUUUGCAAGCGGACGAGAACACCGAUGUGCGCGGCGCGUCUCGAACGGGGCCCAGCGACAACGACGUCGGCGACGCGGGCCCAGAGGAUGGCACGAAGCGCAGCAGCGGAUCAACAGCCGAGGAUCUCGACGGCCAAGGGCGUCCUCGCAACGAGGUGGGCGACGGUCGCGAAGGAGGAACCGAGAAGAGCAACGCGGCUUCUGGAAAUGGGCAAGGCGACGGUGAAGCCGACGGCAAUAAAAAGCCUCGGCUCUGGAAGCAGCUGAGCAAGCGGGUCCUGAGCUGGUCGGAGCAGCAGAAUGAAUCUUCCCCGACGGAGGAGGCAGAAAUGGGAGGCAAGAGAGAGGAGGGACCUCACGGCGGCGCCGAGACCCACGGCGGAGUGGACAAUCGCGGUGGAGAGCUCCAGUGUGGAGUUUCGACGGAGGAAGCAGUGGUUCACCAGGGAUCUUGUCGCGAGCGCGAGCAGCGGUCCAGGGAAGAGGCUGGUAGAGGUGGGGACGUCAAAGCCCCCACUGGAGACACGGAGACGGGAGAGGACGAGACCUUGUCGGGCGACAGCAAUGGCGGGAAUUUGGACCUCGUGGCGUCCGAUGAUAAACCGGCAGAGUCAGAGGAUAAUCCAGCAACUGAGCAAAAGCUGAGGGGUGGAUUGACCCGCUGUACUAGCGGCUGUGAGAUCAUCUGCUCGUGCAGGACUGGUAAAGACGAGUAGCUCGGACAACCGUUCAGCAAUAAGGUGACGAUUAAUGCGGUGGAUCAAAUCGCGAGUGCUGUUGUGUGUGUGGAUGUCUGGGACAGCGGAGAGUCUUGAGCACCACGUGAUAUUGUGGAGGGGUGCACAUUCCCACAGCCUCAAUGUAAAACUCCGCGAGUGGGAUGAGACCGUCAAGAGCCUACUUUGGAGGCCAUGAGGCAUCAACUCCUCAACGGCCGCAAUGAUCUUGAAGGAGGCAGAAAGUGGCGGCGAGGUGCGAUGGCAUCAGCCGCAUUAACUCUUCAAUUGAUCUUGAGUGUCUUUACAGCCACUCAAUGAAGCUGCAUCUAAGCGGGGGUACAUGCGAGUUGGGGGGACGACGACACUGGUGUUGCUAAGGGGGACACGGCCCCCUACACUCCCCCCUACCUCCCCUGCCACCCCGGAGAAAUGAUCACUGGUGCGGGAACCUGCUGAAUGUGUUGUUAGAAUCUUGGGAGGACGUUUGACCUCGGCAGCUCAACGUUGACGCAGAUCAACUGUGCCCAUGGUGUGUGUGUGUGUUACAGGCGUUUGAAACAAUCGGAGAGAGCGGUGUAACAAUAGGAGUCGUUAAUCAAGAGGUCAGAAAGAGAUGCGGCCGGAUAGCUCAAGGGGUCAAAUCACUGAGCCGGUGCUGCUGAGAUCCUGGAUUUGAAUCUUGGCUUCCGCUGAUUGACGGUGACUAAAGUGUGUAGUGAGUCGAUGGCAUCAGCCAGAUCUCUCUUUCUGUCUCCCUGUAUCGGUGCUGUGAUUGUGUCUGUCUUGCUGUGUCUCUUUAUCUUUGUAUCUGUCUCUCAAUAUCGCUGUAUAUCUCCAUGUAUAUGUGUCCUUCUUGCUGGGCGUGAAUGUAUCCGCCAUCUGUGUGUGUGUCUCCUCUGUUUCUGUCUCUCUGCAUCUCUAUUGCUGUGUCCCUCUCUCUUUAUUAAUUGCUAUGUCUGUGUCUCCGCGUCUAUCUCUGCACAUAUUUCCAUGCCUCUAUCGGUGUAUCUAUCCUUGUCUCUGCAUCCAGGGCAACAUCUUCUCAUUGUCAGCACAGCUGAGACAGCUGUUUCUCAGAUCAGCUUUAGAACUUCCAAGUUGUAUCUGCCUGGUUCCACCCCACAUUAAAGGCCGUGACACACUAGGGAAAUAUCGUCUGUCAGUGGCUGCAUAUUGAGGAGGCGACAAAGUCCAUCUCGGUAUUUUUAUCCUCAGCGUGCAGGUGAAUUCAUCGAGUCGCCACUCUAAUAUGCUGGCAGUGGCUUCAUCAUAAGCACUCUCUCACAUAGAGACCCAUAGACUCUCUCACAUAGAGACCCAUAGACUCUCUCACAUAGAGACCCAUAGACUCUCUCACAUAGAGACCCAUAGACUCGCUCACAGACCCAUAGACUCACGGAGAAACCCACAGACUCGCGGAGAAACCCAUAGAUUCACAUUGAGGUCCACUGAGACAAUGGAAUAUACUGGCAGUGGCUUCAUCAUAAGUGCUUUCCCACAUACAGACCCAUAUAUACAGUCCCAUAGACUUAUAUAGAUACCCAUAGACUUACAUAGAGACCUGGGGGUUAUUUAGCCAAACUUCAUCACGCUGAUCACCACCGGUUAAUGAAGGUGGGGAGCAUAGAGGUUCGAGAAUAGUACAGUACAGCAAUGCACGCUGCUGCACUGCCCUCUGCUGGCAACGUCGCCCUGUCUGCAACCUAUAACACCUGUGUAUGGCACAGCAGUCGCCCAUCCAAGCACGAUGUGGGCUCCACCCCGCUCAUCUCUUUCCUAGGACUGGCGAGAUGGAGCACAUUCCGGGCGAUUUGACCACACGGGCUGAACACUUUGGGUCUCCCCCCCCCUUGCCCCCGGUUAUUUGUACCUGCACGCCUCACGUGACAUGAAAGGCGAAGAGGAGGAGGAGGUGGUGGUGGUGGAGUGAGAUUCCCUUCUCAACCGGGAGUCAGAGCCCCACCACCUGCGCUGCUUAGCACGGUUGGCUACGUGCGGUGCGAAAGAAGUUAAACAUACGUACACCUACAUUGAUUGCUUCCAGGAUUGUGUCGUCGUCGUCGACGUCACUGUUGACUCUACUUGAAGUGAGCGAGUCGCGCCGAAUAGACGCGACUUGGACAGCGAGCUACUGCUGCUACUGCUGCUACUGUUGCUGCUGUUGCUGCUGCUGCUGUUGCGUAUACGACAAUGAAUGCCCGCGGUUUCCAGGGUCUCCCCCAGCCCUCAAUGGCCAAGUUCGCCUUUCUGUGCUCGCCAAUUUCCGGGGCGAAUACGAAUUAAGUUGUGACACGCUGCGCGAGCCUGAUGAUUGCUAAAACGGUGCAUUCUGUGUGCGCUGACACAGCCGGAUUUAAAUGCGCGUGCUUGUUGCAUCCCACAGGAAGCAAACACUUUUGCGUGCGAGUCACAAUUUGUGUUUUCGUUAAGCCACUUGCUGAUUCUGGCCUAAAUGUUUGUGGUGAAGCCCUCCACUACCCAACAGAGCCAAAUAAAUCGCGUUGUCUCGCGUACAAGCGUUUCAAUGCGCCAAAUAUUGAGUCAGCUCACCGGCAAGUUGAAAAAAAAACAAUUUGUCGCGGCUAACUUUAGCAAUUGGAUAGCAAUUAGGAGAGCACGUGGCCCAACAUACUAUUUAAUUUUGAAACGUUGGCUGCGAAAACCUACGUGCUAAAUACUGUCUUGUGCACGUGCUAUGUUUCACGUGACACAAAGAACGCCAAUUUAUGUUAACUUGGAACAAGCUCAACACAAUCGUCAAUAACACUGUGGCCUUAAAAUAAAACUAAAUGUCAAAAGCGACGUUCCGGGAAAACACACAGAGAUGAGUGGAUAAUAAUCGCGAUAUACUGCACUUAUCUACACCAUGGGUGCCUGAUAAGAAUGAUAUUUUAAGAGAUAUUCUCUGAUGACCAUGUUUCAAAUUGUAAUGUUUGAAUCUCGAGAUGUCUCGCGCGCGUGUAUGCGCACUCGGGACGCGUUUAGCAAUCAUCAGGCGCAUGCGGCGCGUAACGUCUUCGUUUGUGUGCCGACGAACGUGGCGGAGACGCGGACCGUGUGGGUGGGCUGCUAUGACCCGGGUGUCGGGGGGGGGGGCCCGAAACAAACGGCGUGAUGUGUGCAGCGCGAGACACGCUGGGUUGACGGUGGCACUGUGGAGCGCGUCGAGGGCGUCUCUGGGCGCGCGGGGAGUAUUUGCUCAAUGGCUUUGACUGUACCGUGAACGUGUGAACGUGUCCGUGCGUAUUCACGACUCCGCAACCGUCGCUUGCAGAGCCGUGCCGAGGGUCCCCGCGGCGAGCGACCGCACCGGGGCCCCGCGCUUUGCAGCUGGGGGGGGCGGGCUCGCUUGGACGUCACGGUGUGAUAGGUGAUACUCCCCGUUGAGUUUGAAGGCGUCGAAGGGCCCCACAUCCCCCUACCCCGCUAUGGACGGCCCUGCAUCCUUGACAUCCUCAGAGACGGUGGCUUAGCGUGGUGGGCGCGGGGCACGGGUGCAGGUGCAAGGAAUCGAGUGGGGCUGCCCCAACUCCCCACUUGCUGCCUAAUCCCGCCCUGCCUCCUCGGAGCGCCGUGCCCCCCGGGUGCAGUUGCACCGCCUGCGCACUACCCACAGCUACGCCACCGUUUAUAGGCACCAAAUAGGAAUUGGUUAUUGACUUGAGAAAUAUUGCAUUUGAUUUAAAAUUAUUGUUAUUAUUACUGCUACUACUACUACUAUUGAUGUGUUGUUAUUCUUAUACGGUAAUGUAUUUAUCCAGAAAAGGUCUAAAUACGGUGUUCCCUGCAGCAUUUGGGAAGUUUGAUGAAUUCCGUUGUAAUGAGAAUAUUAUUUAUCAGUUGCGCAGAUUAAUAUAAUUACUGAUACUGUCAAAUUAUUAUUGAUUCAUAUUAAUAGUGAAUCUAUUAGCUACAAGUAUAUAAUUAAGCACACUAUAUGAACAUAUAAUGACAAGAACAAAAUAUGACGUCAUACAAUUUCGGGAACAAAAGUUUUGCUGGCUGGCUGUCUGGCUGGAGGGAGGGACGGAAGGUAACGUCCAAAAGACGUGGGGGCUGCUUGUACAAUACAAAUAUUCUCAUGAAGUUGAACGUGAUUUACAGUCCAUAGUUACUCCACUGUUGGAUGAACGUUUGACCACACCUCACCAUGCUGAUCAGUGCGGGUUGAUGAAGGCAGGGGGUGGAGGCAGGGGUGAGGAUCCGACCGCCCCCAGUUCAGAUAUCAACUCUCCACUGAUGUUCGCCAUGGCCGGAGAUUGAACUAGGUUCGCCGCUUUCGUAGCGCUGUGCGCUAACCACUGCGACAUCGCUCCCCCUUAAACACCGAUAAUACCGUAGCACACAGCAACAAUGCUCUGACAUUUGCAUUGCUAAUCUGAGCGCCUUAUUAAAAUACUAUAAUAGCAAUCAUCCUCAGCUAUGAUCUAUCCACUGCUGGAUGGAGGCCUUUCCGUAGCGACGCUAAUGCCUAACGCGGUCCUGCGAUGUAGCAAUCCCCGCUGGUGGUUGCUGGGAUUAGAUUGGACAUCGUAUCUAGGUAAACUGUGUUUGUGUUUUUGUUUCGGCACCAACAGCAAUAGAGACCCAUGACCUUGUCAACAUGUGUGUGGACAAAGGAAAACACAAUCUAGCUCCCCUUGAACAGGGCGCGAGAGCGGAGACAGGGAUGCGAGAUGAAUCCCCGUGCAAUAAUUGGGUGUGAUUUGAGAGCCGGCGUCCACGGCUGUGUGUGUGUGUGGGGGGGAGCGGUGGCGCAGUGGUUAGCGCACUGCACUACGAACCCGGUGACCCGAGUUUGAUCGAUUCUCGCUCAUGCCCAACA